GGGAUAGGGAUACCCUUCUCGUUUCUCUAUUAUUUACUCACUCUCUCAGUUAUCCCAAGACGACUUUUUCUCUUGGCUAUUUCCCUUCGUACUAGUUUUAACUGCUGCUUCUCUCUAUUCAUUAUUCUUCCUCAUUUUUCGCUCUUCUUCUUCUUCCAUCUUCAUCAUCAUGUGAUUCAUCCAACUCUUUCUACUUUCUUCUUGGUUAAAAUGACCACCAACGUCAAACACUCCGUCCACACAACCGUCAUCCCCAAGUUGGUUUCUUCCCCGCCAUGCCUACUCACCUCCAAGACCACGCCGCGUUUGGUCAGGAUUUCCGUAACUGAUGGCGAUGCCACUGAGUCUUCUGGCGACGAAUGUGAAAGGCUCAUCAGGAAGCAUGUCCAUGAGAUUACAAUCCAGAUGGAUACUCAUCAUUUUACUAACAAUAAGACUCAUCUUCAUCAGGAGACUACUCCCAAUCCUGUGAAGAAGAAAAAGAGGCCCGCGUCUCAGCGCCCGGCUCCACCUAAGCCCGCCGCGGAGCAUCUGCUGGAGGGGAAAGGGAAGAAGUUCCGUGGAGUCAGGCAGCGCACCUGGGGGAAAUGGGCUGCCGAGAUACGCGAUCCGGUUCGGAGGACCAGGGUCUGGCUCGGGACUUAUGACACGGCAGAGGAGGCGGCAAUGGUUUAUGAUAGAGCAGCUAUUCAAAUACGUGGCCCGGAUGCUAUGACUAAUUUAAUAAAGCCACCGGAGAGAGUGGUGGAGGUUGAAGCAGAGGCCACCGCGGCAUCAGUUUCCGGGGAUGAUUCUAGCAAGGAGGAGUCUUGCGAAAACCUUUGCUCACCAACCUCCGUCUUGAGGUUCAGCACCAACGGCGGUACAGUCCGGUCCGAAUUUAAAAACAUGGAGCACGACAUGGAAAAUCAAAAGAGCCAAGAGACAAAAAGUGGUUCGUGUUCGUUAGUGGAACCAAUGGUGGGAAAUGAAGGAGACUUAUUAAUGGACGAUUGCCUGCCGUUGGAUCAAUGUUUCUUGAAAGAUUAUUUCGAUUUCAGAUCCCCACCGCCAAUGAUUUACGACGAAAUUUGUUUGCCGGAUAAACUGUUGGAAGAAGAUGUGGCAAUUGAUUUUGGAGAUGAUUUUGGGUCCUUGACAUGGGAUGUCAAUGAUUUGUUGGACGACCAAUUUUAAUCAACAUAUGUGUUAGCUAGCUCGUAUAUAAUUUAUUAUUAUUUUUGUUAGCAGCAUGUCUUCCCUUCCUACUAUUAUUAUUAUUUGCAUUCCUCAUUCUGGAUUUGUUAUGUGUCUUUUAUGGACAUUUUCCCCCUUUUUUUUAUUU